AUGUCGGCUACUACCCCUCAGGCGUCGAUCACGUCGCUCACGUCCCUCCCAGUCGAGCUACUCGGCCGGAUCGGGCAUUACGCGGAUCUCGGUACGGCUAUCGCCCUUCGUCGGACAUAUAGAGGCGGCGCGUCUUGCCGUGACGGAGGAGGAAGAGUCUAUCAGGGAGGCGCGGGAGGUGUCCGCGCUGGGGCGGAUGGUCAAGGGGCUGCUGAGUCGGGACCUGGUCCAGCCGCGGUGCUAGGAGACGGUGGAGAACGUCGCUCUCUGCCAUCGAUCAUCAGCGAUGAGGAGAUAUCGCCCUUCAUCCGCUCGCUGCGGAUCUUUCGUAGCGAGGACCAUCCAGCCUACGACGACUCGCUCGACAAUCACUUGCUCGCUUGUCAUCGGGACCUCCUCCAAUGCGGCCUUGGUCUAUCGUUCGCCCCUCUCGUCGACGUCACCAUCAGCUCGGAAUCGCUGUACAACCUUCAAUUUAUCCCCUUCCUUUGCGAGUCGGCGCCUAACUUGCUCUCCAUCGCAUUCGAGUACCAGGGAGCCUGCUUCGAACACUAUGACGGCGCUUCAUCACCCGGUUUCCCCCGAUGCCUCACUCGCGAUACCCAGCUUACAAGGCUAUCGAUGACAUUCGGUUGCCAUGGCGCGAGUCAGAUGAACAACCCUAUCCCUACGUUUCUCGACCUCCUGAGACGUAGCCCGAAUCUAGAGGUGCUGCUUUGCGAUGCCAGUGAUGCCGGAUCGGCCGUGGGGUCAGUGGACGCAGUUCGUUGCAUGUCGAGCCUACGUGAUCUUCUGUGGCGAUGGGAAAUCGCGUACCAAGAGCCGGAGCCCUUCAAUAUCCCUGGAGACGGGCCAGGCCUCGCCGCGCCUCGCCGAGCGGUACUGACCCAUUACGGGUGGUCGUUCUUUAUCGAGAAGGACUUGGCUUCCACUAUGCCCGCCGUCGAGAUCAUUCACUUCGAUUGCUCAAAACGUGCGAGGAUCUCGUCCGAAAUCGAGCCAUGUGCGCCCAUCAGCCGCGGCGCCGGUGGCCAGACGACUCCCAUGAUCCUACCACCCAAGUUUGCCGCUUGGCUCCGCGACUGCCGCCGGCUCCGGAUCAUCAACUACAUCUAUCGCAGCGACAUGGCCUCAGGCUUCGGUCUCUUCGACCAUCUCGACCGGGUGGAGUCGGCGGGCGAUGUCUCAGCGCAUAUCUUCUCGGUUCGGUACGGCUAUAGCGAGCUCCUUUACGGCCGCAUGCUCGUCAUGGACGUCCUUCAUCGUAAGGGGCACCGUACGGAGAAGACGCGCGUUACACGUAUACUCUACACCGCGAAUCUGGCCAGCCUCCUGAAGUUUCGCCCGGUCCUGCAGAUCGGGGAGCCCUUUUGGUAUCCCUUUUCCGAGUACGAGGGGAUGGCGGUACCGAUGGAGGUCAUUACGGCGAUGAAGAAGGCAGAGGGGGUCAAGGAGGAUGAUUACUGGGAUUGGAGAGGCGUGGAGUUCGGAGCAGAAGCAUGGAGGGUGUUGAUGAGCUGGAAGAGUAAGAUGGUCGCAGAUUUCGCAUGCCCUCAACCCCUCACUCCCCACCUUUCCCUCAUCUGUACCUUUUCAUCACCCAGCACUACUGGAUCCAGGGCCAAAGCGAUACGUUCCAGAUACAGCACGGCGGCAGAGAAGGGGGUAGCGGGAUUAGGGGAAGAAGGCAGAGAGCGGCUGGGUGUGAGCAUGGGCGAUAGAGUGCACGAUAGAUCAUAUCACUCCAGUACUCAGACGGUUCUGUUGGACAGCAGCAUCAGCACACGCGCGUUCCGAGCCGCAAUGAGGAACCUAGCAUCUGCAGAGAGCACGAGGGCGAAGGAAAACGCAGCCAAAACGGACGCACGGAUCAAGAUAUUAAGAUCUUGGCUGCUCCGAAAACUCUCUACUUCCUUCUCUCUCUUCUAUACGUAUACGACUCAGUCUACUGCAUUCCCAAUGACGCUUACAUCUACGUCUACCUCGACAGCUCUGCUGUCGCCACCCACAUCGCUAUCGUCGCUACCGGUCGAACUGCUCGGUCGGAUCGGGCAUUACGCGGAUCUCGGUACGGCCAUCGCCCUUCGUCGGACGUGCCGGCUCACUGCGGUCGCCCUGCGCUGGCGGGUCUUGCGGGACCUGAACCUCUUCGUUACGGAUGAGCUCUCUCCAGAGGCCAGAGAGGCGGCGCGACGUGCACGGAUCGUUGAAGAGGAGGGGAAGGGAAGGGAAACGCAAGAGGUGUACGCGCUGGGACGGAUGAUCAAGGGGCUGCUAAGGCGGGACCUUGCCGACCCGAGGUGCUGGGAGGCGGUGGAGAACGUCGCUCUUUGCCACCGGUCAUCAUGGAUGAGCUGGACGAUAUCUCUGUUCGAAGAGAUAUCGCCCUACAUCCGAUCGUUACGGGUUUUCAGGGGACACGAUCAAUCUCCUAGCGAGGACUCCUUCGAUAAUCAGCUUCUAUGCUGCCACCAACAACUUCUCCGGGGCGGCUUCGCGAUAUCCUUCAAUUCGCUCGUCGACGUCACUAUCAGCUCGGAAUCGCUCUACAACCUCCAAUUCGUGGUCUUCCUUUGCGAGUCGGCGCCGAAUUUGUGCUCGAUGGCGUUCGAGUAUCGAGCGUGUUUCCAAGCGCACAAGCCCAUAUCCAAGCCAUCCACGGCCUUUCCUCGGUCGCUCACUCGCGAUACUCAACUCAAGAGGCUUUCCCUCAAAGUCAACUGCUCACACGCGAGCCGUGAUUACAACCCCGUCGACACAAUCAUCGACCUGCUCGGGCGCAGUCCAAAGUUGGAGGUCUUGCUAUGCAAAGUCAAGGGUGGUCUUAAAGCCGAGAUGCCGCUGGAAGCCAUCAGAACAUUGGCUCGUCUCCGCGAUCUCCGAUGGGACUGGCGGUUACAAUAUGGCGCGGCGGAAUCUGUGGACAUGGCAGCAGGGAACGUUGGCUUUGACUCGCUUAGGCGAGUGAUGCUACCUCUGAGCGAGUAUACUAUCCCUGUCGGCGAGAUGUUGGCUACUUCGAUGCCUCUCCUAGAGAUCAUCCAUCUCGACUGCUCAAGGCUCAACUCAUCUUCCGACUCGAGGCUGAAUCAAGGUUUCGUCAAACGCACCGCCACCGACCAGGAUGGCACGUACAUGCUUUUACCCGCAGCGCACGCUUCCUGGCUUCGCAAGUGCGCACGACUACGAAUCGUUCACUACAUGACGCCCAUGUAUCGACCUGUAAGGCCCGGCCAAUGCUCCCUAUUCGACCAUCUCGAUCGUGUCGAGGCGGAAGGGAACGUCUCCGGCUAUAUCUACUCGAUUAAACACCGCGGCGACGAGCUCCUUUACGGUCGGAUGCUUAUCCACCUUGUCCAUCGGUCGGUCUCGGCCUUCCCGGACAAAACGUCCGUCAGUCGAGUGUUGUACACCGCAGCCGGCAGAGUUCUGAGUUGGGCAAAGGGUGUAAUACAGGUGGACGAGCCCUCGUGGUGUGCUUUCACCGAGUACGAGGGCAUUUUGGUGGAGCGGGAAGUCAUUGCGGCGAUGAAGGAAGCGGAGGGGGUCGAGGGAAGCGAGCACUGGAACAGGCGGGGCGUGGAGGUAGGGGCAGACGCAAACAAGCCGAGAUCUCCCCCUCGACACCCAUCAGCCCUCUCUCCCCCCCUAGCUCCAUCUCGAGCCCCGCAUCCGGCUUUUCCUCCUCUCUCGAUGACUGAAACUGCUUCAUCACCAUCCGACCACGGCGGACGAGACGCUGGCACGGAGGGCACCGGGAAGGGGCUGGACGGUGUAGGGGAUGGACGAUGCGGCAGCGUUGAGGGCGGGUGGCUAUACCGAGAGAAUGAUGUUGAGAUGAGGCCUGGGGAUAGUAGUAGGGCCAACAUUUAUGUUCCCGUAGCUUCGAGUGAUAGCCAAUCAUGCCUGUUCAUGCAGAUAUCAGUCAGAGAAGUGGAUCAUGGAUGCUGCAGAGCCAGAAAUGAGGAAUGCGGAGCAUGCACUAAAGUUUUACCGCCCAGUCAACGCUCAGCCGCAACGCUGACCUCUCUACCGCGGGAGCUCAUUGCUCAGAUCGGGAAUUACGCGGAUCCAAAGACCGCCGCCUCGCUCGCCGGCGUCUCUCGCCUGACGGCCGGUAUCCUCGAGCGUCGCAUCUGGCGAGACCUGGAGCUCUAUCUCACGGAAGAGUUUAUGGCGCAGCGUUCAUGGCUAGGAUAUAUCCCGCCGGAGAGGGAGGCGGAGCUGCGGAAAGCAAGGGCGGAGUACGCGCUGCGGAAGAUGGCGAAAGGGGUUUUGAUGAAUGGGAACGAUAAGCGGUGGAAGACGGUGGAAACGGUCACUCUGUGCUCUCGCUCCCCAGCGAUGAGCUGGGUGGUCAAUUUCUUCGAGAACAUCUCGCCCUUUAUCCGGUCGCUGGCGAUACGGCCCACCGUCGGGGUCAUCCCCAGCGCGGAAUCCCUCGACAACCACCUCCUCGCUUGCCACUCGGAACUCCUCCGCUGCGGUCUCGGCCUCUCAUUCUCUUCCCUCACCACCGUACAGAUCGGACACAACGCUCUUUACAGCAUCCUCUUCAUCCCCUUCCUUUGCAAUUCUGCCCCACACCUGGUCUCGCUCGCCUUCGAAUACAAUGCGGUCUAUGAGGGUGCGGCCAAUAUGCCGCAAUCUCCUCUCGGCGGACAACGGUUUAUCGAGCGCGAUACAGUCAUACGGAAAUUAUCCCUUUCGGCGGACCUCGUGGAGGUGGUGGCAUUUCGCGAUCCCGCCGAGGUGAUCGUCGAUCUUCUGAACCGCAGCCCAAACCUGGUAUCGCUAUCGUGCGAGGUGGAUGAAGCGGAAGCAGGGGAGCCAGCGUUAGCGGCUGCAACGUGUAUAGGGCGCAUGCUUCACCUUCGUACUUUGCAUUGGGGCUGGCUCGAUGGCAUGGUGGUGGCGAGUAUGAGGGGUAUCGCGGUGGAGGGUCCAAAUUAUCCGCAACUCCAGCGGCUGAUCUUACCUACACGAGAAUGGUCUUACCCGACGAGACAAGCUACUCUGCCGUCCUUACCGAGGGUCGAAAUCCUUCACUUUGACUGCCGCUCCCGCAUCUCAGACACUGGGCCGUAUCUGGCACCCGGAAUGAAGAUUCCUCUCAUCAUUGCUGGAACGGAUCUACGCCCCAUGUCGAUCCCCGUCAAGUUCGCUUCGUGGCUUCGGAAAUUGCCGGGGCUCCGGGAGAUCGGCUAUACAUCACGGCGCGACAGUCACGGUGGCGUGGUUUCGGUCGGCGAUCUGGACCCGACCGAGGCUGCGGUCGAGGUGACGGGCCACAUCUACUCGGUGUGCCAUGGCGGCGAAGAGCUCCUAUAUGGUGACAUGCUCGUCCAAGAUAUCCAUCAGUGGGAGUCCCGCAAUCCGCAGGAGACAUGCCCGACUCGCGUAUUCUACACCGGUGCACCCGCGGAAACGUUUACUCGCCUACCGCAUUUGGCUCGAGUCGACGAGCCUACCUGGUGUCCGUUCGGCGACUAUCGCGGAGAAUCAAUAGUCCACGCUGCUAUUCGAGGGAUCAAGGAGAUUGAAGGCGUCAAAGGUAGCGGAUACUGGGAGCGAAGGGGCGUAGAGGUGGGGCUGGGCGCUUGGAAUUUAAUGCGGCGCCAGAGGAGCAUCAUGCUUGGGAUAGAACAGGGGAGGUGGGCCCGGAAGGUCCGCGAGCUUGCGGCCAAGACCAGCGAGCGCGCGGCCAAGACCAACGGGAAGGUCCGGACAAAUACGUGA